AUGGCACCCAUCCGCGUCGCCCUAGUCGGUCUCUCCGCCUCCGCAAAAACAAGCUGGGCCUCAAAAGCCCAUCUCCCCUACCUCCUGUCUCCCCUCGGACGCUCAAAAUACCAAAUCGUCGCUCUGCAAAACAGUUCCGUCGAGGCAGCCCAGAAAGCCAUAGAGCAAUACAAGUUACCUGCUGAGACAAAAGCGUACGGUACUGCGGAAGAUCUCGCAGCUGACAAAGAUGUUCAACUUGUGGUCGUUUGUACACGUGUUGAUGUGCAUCAUUCAAGUGCCCUUCCGAGCGUGAAGGCUGGAAAGAUGGUUUUUGUCGAGUGGCCUUUGGCGCAGGAUGUGAAGCAUGCGAAGGAGCUUGUCGAGGCUGCGGGGGAAAGGAAUAUUGUUGGGUUGCAGGGACGGUUUGCGCCGCCUGUAGUGAAGAUUAGGGAUCUUGUUCGGGAGGGUAGGAUUGGAAAGAUUGUUAGUGCCGAGUUGAAGGCUGCUGGGGGAACGAAUGAUCGCGAGAUUCUGCCUACGACGUUGAAGUAUUUUACGCAGCGCGCUAUCGGUGGAAAUACCUUUACCAUUGGGCUGGGACACAUCUUCGAUUCGUUCCAGUACAUCGUUGGAGAUAUAACCAACACCAAAAGCCGUCUUCACUCGCAAAGACCCAAUAUCCGCCUCCGUGACCUCGACUCAGGCAAGAUCACCGAAACAGUCAGCACCGACGUCCCAGAUAUCACGUUUGCAACAGGAACUCUCAAAGAAUCUCUCACCGUCCAAAAAGACGCCGCGGUGUCAAUCCGUUUCCGCCGCGGCCAGCCCUUCCCCGGCGAACCACCCCUCCUCAUCACCAUCGCCGGCGAAAAGGGUGAAAUUCGCCUCCGAGGCUAUGGAGGCACUGCUUUGAACGCCUCUGGGUACGACGAGCCUGUCAUUAUCGGGGUCCAUGAUUUUGAGACGGAUAAGGUUGAGGAGGUGGAGUGGAAGUGGCAUGCGUGGCAGGAAGAGAAUAAUAUUCCGAUUAUUGGGAGGAGUAUUGCUGCUGUUUAUGAUCGGUUUGCUAGUGGUGAGACGGAGGGAUUGGUGACGUUUGCAGAGGCGCUGAAGAGACAUGAGCAGCUUGAGGAGAUGCUCAAGGAGUGGGAUGCUGAUAGGUCUCAGUGA